AUCUCCCCAGGGCUCUGGAAUGGUUCCCAAGCCUCCCACAAAUGGGCUGGAAGCCAAGCUGACCUUUGGAAAGGCUCAAGUCUUGGAUGACUGACAGCCCCAGAUCCUGCUCCAGGUUCCUUCCUCAGGAAAAGCCGAGGUCCAGCACGACCUUGCCAAGUCCCUGCCCCUCCUUCAGGCAGCAAACAACACCCCAAACUCAUCAUGAGGGGAGGGAGGAGGUCUGGUAGGAGCUCUUAUUGCAACAGAGCCCCGGUGCUAUAAAAACCCUGUCUCCUAAGAUCUCCAUCUCCAUCUUGGCCAGCCCGGACAAUGCCUCCCAACCUCACCGGCUACUACUGCUUUGUCUCACAGAAGAACAUGGAGGACUACCUGCAAGCCCUAAACAUCAACAUUGCUCUGCGGAAGAUAGCGCUGCUGCUCAAGCCAGACAAGGAGAUUGACCAUCAGGGCAACCACAUGACAGUGAAGACCCUCAGCACCUUUCGCAACUACGUUCUACAAUUCGAGGUGGGAGUUGAGUUUGAGGAGGACCUACGGAUGGUGGAUGGACGAAAAUGCCAGACCAUAGUAACCUGGGAGGAGGAGCAGCUGGUCUGUGUGCAGAAAGGGGAGGUGCCUAACCGAGGCUGGAGGCACUGGCUGGAAGGAGAGAUGCUGUACCUGGAACUGACCGCAAGGGAUGCAGUAUGCAAGCAGGUCUUCAGGAAGGUCAAGUAGCCAGAGAGGAGCUGAAGGCCACUCCAGACAGCACCAGUCCCCAGACUCCUCUUGUUUGUGCACCUUCAAGCCCAGAUUGUCCCAGGUCAUCAAUCCCUUUCUCAGGCCCUUACCCUCCCGCCGAGUCCCUCCUCAGCCCUCCCCACGUUAAUCUAUAACUUGCAGCCCCUAAGGCCAAAGUCCUUUCUUUCUCACACUCCACUGCCCAAUAGUGACCUUAUAUCCAGUUCACGGUCUGGCCUCCUGGAUGAAAGAAAUGGGCAAAGAGGAAAUGAUGCUAGAGAAUAACCAAUCUCAACUCUCUUUACUUUCCAUCUAAGAAAGAACUAAGUGUUGAGCAUUUGAGGGUUAGUGAAAAGUCUAUCCUGGAGGACCUUUUGGAAAACUGUGACUGGGGUUCAAGAAUUUAAGAGUCUUUUUGUCUAUGUCCUUGUCCUUAUUUUGGAAAAAGCCUCAUAUGCUCAACAGAAUCAUGCCCAAGGCACUGAACAGAGUUCAGUUUACCAACAUCUGAAUGCAUCCUGGCUAUGGUAAACUUCCAUCCUACAUGUUGGGGAAGAAGGAGGUGACUGGGUAAGACUCUUUGUGCAGUACUGGGAGGAAGUUGAGAAGCUUCUAAAUAGUGGCCUGGCCUCCAUGACUACUUUAAGAAGGAUAGGCAGCAAGAAGGCCUGAAAAGGGAAACAGAUGGAAGAUACAAGGCCAAGGGCUACAAAGAUGAGGAUCAUGGAGGUGUGAGGGCAACAGUAAGAGAAAGACCAAUAGGCCUGGCUAUAGAGACCCUCUGCUUAAAGGCCAACAAAAAUGGGGACAGAGGAUAAGAGGGAGAACUGAGAACACCAAGGCCCCUCUCUUAGGGUUCUGGAAUCACUGCCCUGGAAAACAGCCCCGAGGACAGGCCCUAUUCAGGUUCAUGGCCAGCUCUAACCUCUAGCACCUCCCUACCUCCAGUGGCCUUGGUUCUUUCAGAAUAAAAGUACUGUAGGACAAGAGUCAGAAAGAAGAGGACUCGGUGUGGGGUGGGGACAGAGUCUGGCUGGGGUGGGGAGGGAAAAUUGUUGGAAAGUCCCUGGCUUGUGCUCAUUAGAUGUGUUCUGCCCCCUGUAAUGGCUCUGCCCCACACACAUUCAGGACAGUCACUGGGGCUCCGGCCAGAAGGACUAGGCUUGCAACACUGACCCUACCACACACUCUGGAAUGCAUUUGGAAAAGAGCAAGAAAAGAACUCAGAGGAGAACUGGAAAGCUUAUUCCUUGCCCAGACUCUCUGCAGAGUCACCCGGCCAAGUGGGGAGGAGAGAGAGCCUCCUCUCAGACACGCUGCCCAGCAGAAGCUCCAAGGGCUACUGGGCCUUACCUUGUCCCUUUUCAGGGUAGAGAGAAGCUGAAGGAGGAUGCUCCAUGUGUAUUCACGCAUUACCCAGGUCACCAGGUCUGCGCAGUGUCCCAGCCACUCUGCGUUCACAUGCAUAUCCAAGCCUCUCCCCACAGGGCUGUGCUCUGUGCUCUUUAUGUUAGUUCAGUGCCCCUCACUGGAGUCUUGACAAAGGGCCUGACCCCGAAGCUUGGAGGCCUCCAUGGUGACUAGUAGGCCCAAAUAAAAGCAGCCUCAAUCCCCCAAAACUCCUGUGACAUGAGUAUCCUCAUCCUCCACUCGAUCCCACCCCUCCAGGAGCCAGCGGCCUGAAGACCCACAAAGGAACACAAGCAACCAGAGGAGGACUGAGCAGCUACAGAGCCAUUUACAAGGGGGUGAGAGCCUGGACCUACUGAGACUAAGAGCUCUGCUGCUGCUGUUUCCCCCUGUGGGCAGCAGGGGGCGCUUCUCACCACAGUGGGAGCCAGAGACCCACCAAGUUGUCCUCCCUUCUCUGCCACCUUCUUGGAUAUUCCAUUCCCCACUGGACACACAUACAUACACAGCAGACUUCCCAAUCUGCAUGCUCACUCUGACAAUACCCCUACCCUCCUUCAAAUCAGGCUGCUCCAUUCAUUCUGAUAGAAAAGAUGGUCACCAGGAGCACCAACAUGUGAGUAAGGAAAGGAGGAAAGGACAGGAGAGGAGCCAACAGCCAUAGAUGGAUGGGUGGAUACCAAGGUGGGUCUCACCCCAGCCCUUCCAGGGGAACACAGGGUGGGUCCUGAGACAGACUUUGAUUUUUUUAUUUUUUUACCAGAGUCUUUGGUCCCAGGGAAAUGAUCAGGAAUCCAAGAUGUUUAUUUCCCAUCUGAGAUAAGGGCUGGUACCCAUCUAAGCCAGCCCUAUGCCAGGCCCCUAUCCCACUUCCACUCCACACAGCUGAGAUAGCAUCAUAUAGUUACCAACAACUUUCUUGCCUGAAUGCCAAAUGAUCCUUUAGGUCAGUGGUUCUCAACCUUCUGGCCCUUUAAAUGCAGUUCCUCAUAUUGUGAC